AGACUAUUCUAGCUCGCAAUCUCGAUAACCGCAAGAAAACGAGAGAGUUCAUUUGGGGAUUUGGAUGCCGAUUUUUCAACCGCGACUCGUACGCGCUGGAACUUUGUAGAUUGGAUUGUCUGUAUACUUGUUCUUGUGGAGACAGUUUUGCAAGAACCAAAUGACUGCAGUUGAGCAAGAACCAAAUAACUGCAGUUGACUAAGCGAAGAAAGCAUAAGGCUUUGAUUCAAUGCUUUCCUUCUUAAUACGACGACAGAUUGAUUAAUGCGAGAAGGUGGAAAAAGAACCCGAUUUCGGUAUUGAGACGCACUUUAGGACUGACACGGGUUAGUAGACAAGAAUACUUUGGAGGAAAUGUGUACGGAAAGUAAACAAACUGCUGGAUAAAGAUAUUUGUUUAUUAAAAUAUCUGUCUAAAUGGACAGAGAAUACAACGAACUUCGGAUCAUUUCUAGGCUGUAAGAUGAGGCUGGCGGUGAAUGAAUGAGAACAUUAUCCUGAUCUCGGACUUACCUGGAGAGUUUCAGCCGGGUUUCAGUAGCAAGCAUUUUCAAAGGGCAGGGCAGGGUGUCAAACUGGCGGCAAAUCACCUGGAGAGUACAGACAAUCUCGGCGGAGGAUGCCAAACCCAGUGUGAUGAGGUGAUCAGACUAUACAAUUGCGUGUUUCUUCUUCCCAUCCUUUUGCUGUAUUGCUUGGGCCCCUCUGCUACCCUUUUGUGUUUUCUUCUACGCCUCUGGGCAUUUUACAAUUGGCCUUGAUUGAAGCCCGGUGGAAAGAGAUUCCGUCGAGUGAUGGAAGAUUGAAGAAGAAAUCGAGAAGUCUUGCUUUUCAAAAUAUCUGCGUCAACAGUCGACGAGAGGAUAUAUGGAUCGAAUGAAUGUCAGCUGCAAAAUGUCCAAGAAUAGAUUUCCAGUCAACUCCAGCCCUUGCACUCAAUUGACCGCCGUAAAGAGAGAAGUGGGAAAGAUACUAAGAGAGAAGUACACUUGCUUUCGAGGAAAGCACGAAAUGUUCAGCACUCGGCGGUCAGUUCCAUCCCCUACCGGUGAAGGAGUCAAGCCCAUGAACUGGUCUCUUUUUUCUUUUCCGCUGGAGGGAGCGGAGGCUCUUCGCUCUCUCCGUGAUCUCGACCAUGGAGAGAGCGAUCCUCGUCUUCGUGGGGAACAACGUCGAGUGGCAAGGGAGCAAGGAAGCUGAACAUAGACCGAUUUCUGCAUCUGGUAUCGCUCCCCAUCAGUGCCACUAAACCCUCUCCUCUAGCAACAGCUCGAGGCGGAGCUGCAUCUUCUGCAUGCCCGACGUAGAAAAUCCCUUGCGCUGCUUAAAACUGAGCUUUGGAUGCAGAGCAAUGGCGUUUAUGUUAAUAAGAUGAGUUGAACAAGUUUGAAGGUGCGCUGGAACAUGAUACACCCCGGAAAGCGGGGUGUGUUAUAAACUUCGCUAAUACUACAAAUAACCACCUCGUGGAGUGAGGAUGUUUAAGGUGUUUAUGAGACGUCUCUCCCACUUCGCCUCAGAUUUAUGCAUCAGAAAUGAGAUUCUCACAUCAUGAC